AUUGGAAAAACCACAAGGUUGAUUGUAAACCCGGAACUGAAAGUAGUACAGUACAUGAAGAAAAUUUAGCAGACGACAUUCCCUAUGAUUUACCUGGUUCUUUUACUUCAGAACAACUUGUAUACUUGUUCGAAAACUUGAUGGCGAGCAAUGUCGACACUGGGCGACACUAUACGUCGUGUGCCUUAAUAUUCCCUGACUAUGCGACGGAAUACAAAUCUUACUAUCCUGCUCAUGCAUCUGGUCAUAUGAUCCUAUCUAAAGCAACCAAGUUGGGAGAAAGAUUAGCAUUGCAGCAAUGGAUGACAACUAGUAAUUCGUCAUCAUCACGGUUUGAUCUCGCAAAACUGCACAAGCGCUGGGGACAAACCUCACCUGAAUUAUUCGAAUUUUUGUCGUCCAAGCAGCUCGGACUCGGUUCCAUUUUUUAUAAAAAACGUGCGGCAAUCUAUGGUGGCGUCAAUAGUUUUGCAAAUGAAGUCAAACCUGAGUUCGGCUUUGUCAAGGGAAGUACCAAUAUUGCUGUCGGACUUAUAGGAUUCGAUGCGAGUGGAUAUGCGGUAGCAAAGACCAAAGUCAUAUUGGCCAUGAUGAUGAACGACGUGCCCGCGCUCAACAUUCUUCAAGUAUGGUACUCAUCGGUAUGGACAACCGCGACGUUCGAUUACUUCCAACAGGCAGUGAAUAGUCUGGUUCAACAGCACCGCGAUCUGACUGAUUCGGCCGAAAAGAUUUGCCUCCCUCAUUCACAAGACGAAGUUAUUAAACAUAUUAAGUAUUGGUCUACGGUUGGGAAAGGUGAUCCGCGAUUGACAUUAGAGGCAGCUCAUAAGAAAUGGGUAGCACAGUGUCCACCAACUUCUCACUGUUAUUAUAUAGUCGACAACCUAUGUAAACCACGAGAUCGAGUUGAAUUUGCAAGGUAUAUUCUAACAGGUGAAUUUCCUUUGCUUUCUCGAUCCGACGGCAAAGCCACGUCAGCAAAGGGCAAGAGGAAUAAUAAAUUCAAGAGAACCGACCACAUGAGCAGAUUUGGUUGCCAGAGCAGCGGUUUGCUAGGAAGUGUUGCGAUGUUUGCCUGUCUGAAUGGUUAUGAUCCACACGGCGCUUCCGAAGUCAUGUUUAGUGGUAUUCCCAUGGAAAACAUCCUAACAACGUAUAACAGUGAAACCACGUCAUUGCUCGAUGCAGUUUAUGAAUACUUGGAAGAAAAAAUCAAUAAAAUAAAAGCAUGGCUAAACGGUACUAACCGUCAAGACGAUCGCAGGAACGUCGCUGGCUCUUCUUCCACUUUGAGAAUGGCCUCGAAAACGCGGCGUGCAUCUUCUCGAGUUGUUCCAACCAAAAAGCGCGUUCUCAAAAUUUCUCUGUACAAGGCUGGAUUGACAACUGCCGACUGCGUCUGGCUUUCACGUAAUCGGUUCAAACCGUACACUGUUAUAUGGAGCAACAUCUGCGACUACUGCACCAAGAAUGAUUUUCAUACAAUAGCGCGAUCGGUUUCUUCUCCUUGGACGACACACAUUAUGCACUCGAUGAACUGGCCCAAACAGACUUUCGGGGCUAUGAUCGAUGAUAUUCUGGAUAAUGAGAUUAGAGCUCAAUGUCUGGCAAAGGCGAAAAUCAUAAUUCGCAGGAUGGGAUUAAUGUUUGAUGGCAGCGGGUAUUUCGAUUAUCGGAAUUUGAAGGAGAAUCCAAACAACAUUGGCGAUUACUUCACGGCAGGAAUGACAUGUGACGAUUGGCUGAGGUAUUUCUUUGAGAAUGUAGAGACUGGAAACAUAGAAUGUCAUCGCAGGCCUUACAUUGUUACUUCGAGGAGUGUCAUGACUGUAUACUUUGCGUGGAGUUACAACAAAAAGUAUAAAACAGUAUUUUGCGAUAAGUUCAAAUGA